UCUGUCGUCUCGCCUCCCCACAGCUGAAGCUCUGUCCAACUCUGGCACCUAGCCUCCUGCCCAGCUGCCUUCCUGUGUCCUGGGCCAGGUCAUUUUGCGUAGAAGUCUGUAAAUGCCAGCCGACCCCACUGAACACCCACGCCCCCUUCCUCUCCCUGUAAUCAUUGAUGGGUGUCGAAACCUGCUCUCAAGGCCCAGAGAUGUUACUUAACUGACCCCGAGAUGGGGGUCUCAGCCACCCAGAAUUGGGGUCAGGUUUCAGGAUGCCUGCUGUCGGAUCUUAACCUCCCAGGUCUGGCGGGGAGCCUUCAGGGUCCUGUGAGGCCUGCAGCUGACAUAAGGGCCUCCAGAGGGCUGGGCAGCAGCAGGGGAGGGGAGGACCGACUGCGCCAAGUGCGGUCAGGAUUUCGGGGCUGCGUCUCGCUCCCACAACACGGGCCUCACGGUCAGGAACCUCCCAGAUCAGACCCCACAGCGGUGGUGCCGGGGGUGCUAGAGCAAGCCCACGGGGUCCCGGCUUGGGGAUGACCGCAGAGGCCCGGGGGCGGAGGCUUCUGCCCCGUGGCAAGACAGCAGUAGAGAGGAAGUGGCCGGACAGCAACUCGGGGCUACCGGAAGAAAGGCAGCCGGGGAAACUGGGGUCUAGCCCCGCGCCAGGCCCCGCCCCGUGCCGUGGUCACGUGUCAGGCGCGGUGACGUACCUGCGGCCGUGCAGCGUCAGUGGCGCCGUUGCCGGGCUUCUGUUGCUAGGCACGCGCUGCGUGCCCUGCGUGCGGUGCGCGUCGGCAGAGGCGGGAAGCGCGAGCUGCGGCGCCAUGGCGCGAGUGUGGCAGCAGCCGUUCCUCAACGUCUUCAGACACUUCAAGGUGGACGAGUGGAAGCGCUCCACUAAGGAGGGGGACGUGGCCGCCGUGACGGACAAGACCCUCAAGUGCACCGUGUACCGCGUGCGGGGCGCUGUCUCUGCGAGCAACUACAUCCAGCUCCCCAAAACCAGCACCCAGUCCCUGGGGCUGACCGGGCGGUACCUGUACGUGCUCUUUCGGCCACUGCCUGCCAAGCAUUUCGUCAUUCACCUGGAUGUGUCCACUGAGGACAGCCAGGUCAUCCGAGUGUCCUUCUCCAACCUCUUCAAGGAGUUCAAGUCUACAGCUACGUGGCUGCAGUUCCCUUUCAUUUGUGAGGCUGGGACACCCAGGGAAGGUGUGGCCUUCCCUGGUGCCCGCUGGACCUGCCUGCAGCUUGACCUGCACGACAUCCUGCUGGUCUAUCUGCGACGCUGCUACAGUCACCUGAAGGGCGUCAGGCUGUGUGCCAGCAUGCUGGUCCGGAGCCUCUACACCAGUGACCUGUGCUUCGACCCUGCCGUCACUGUUGCUGAAGCCCGGCGCUCGAAACUGCCCGUCACCCCCAUACCGCGAGAAAUGGCUUUCCCAGUGCCAAAGGGGGAGAGCUGGCACGACCGCUACGUCCACAUCCGGUUUCCGAGCGGCAGCUCGCACGUGCCCUCCGAGCUGGUGCAGAAGAGCGGUUUCCCUCCUGAGGCAGGUGGGCCUGUGGGGCAGCGGGGCGGGCUGCCGCUGUCAGCGUGGCUCCUGUCCUGCAGAGUGGGCAAGGCCGGGCCCCCUGCCGCCCCUGCCCGGCGCCCUGUGCCUGUCCGCACUCUGCCCAGUCGGUCCUUCUGCGCUGCGGUCCUAGCAGGGCGUGUGCCGCGGCUGCCCCUUCCCCAGGGGCCUGCAGCAAGCCUGCGCGGGACAGCAGGGCCCGCGUGGCCCAGAAGCACGAGCCCACAGCCGCGAGUGCCCGGCGCCCCUCGGAGGGGGGGCCGGGGGUGCUGGCCUCAGGCCGGGCGCUCACGAGCACUUGUCCUGCAGUCCCGCUGGGCCGCCUCCAUGCCCAGGCCCCUUCCGGAAGUCAGCGUGUCCUGUGAGCGCUCGGAGGUCUCCUGUGUGGCUGGCCCCAGUGGCUGUAUCCAGGAGCCCUUGGCCUGGGUGGAGGCCACUGAUGAGCAUGCAGCUGGUGACGGCCUUCAUGUGUCUGCCCGUCAGCCAACGGUGGAGCCCGUGGCUCCAGAGGAUACAGCUCCGCAUGGGCCUCCUGGCAGGAAGCAGAGCUUACCGGAGGCGGCUUUGGGCAAGAAGCGUUUUCAACAAAGAAGCUUCCUCCCAGAUCCGAUCCUGAGGCUCAAAGGGGUCAUCGGCUUUGGGGGUCACAGCACCAAAUGGGCCCUGUGGACCCCGGACGCUGCUGUUGUGUACCCUUGCCACGCGGUCGUUGUCGUCCUGCACGUCGAAACCCGGGAGCAGCGUCUCUUCCUUGGCCACACGGACAAGGUCUCUGCUCUGGCGCUGGACGGAAGCAGUUCACUGCUGGCCUCGGCCCAGGCCCGGCCCCACAGCAUGCUGCGUCUCUGGGACUUCCAGACGGGGAGCUGCCUGGCCCUGUUCCGGAGCCCGGUCCACACCAUCUCCUCCCUCAGCUUCUCCAAUAACGGGGAGCUGCUCUGCGGUGUUGGCAAGGACCGCCAUGGGCGGACGACGGUGCUGGUGUGGGGCAUGGCCCAGCUGGGGCGAGGCGGAGAGGCCGUCAUCCUCGCGAAGGCGCACAGCGAUGCUGAUGUCCAGGCGUUCCAGAUAGCCUUCUUCGACGAAGCCAGGAUGGCGUCGUGUGGGCGGGGCAGCGUGCGGCUGUGGCGGCUCCGAGGUGGGGCGCUGCGCUCCUGCGCUGUGGACCUGGGGGAGCACCACACGCUGGAAUUCACCGACCUGGCCUUCGGGCCAGCCCAGGAUGGCUACACGCUCUACGUGUGCAGCCGCAGCGGCCACAUCCUGGAGGUUGACCACCAGCGCAUGGCCGUGCGGCGUGCUCGCCGCCUGCUGCCCUUGCAGACCCCCCGCGACCCCCUCGCACAGAAGCGGACCUUCAGUUCAGGCCCCGGCAUCGCCAUCAACAGCCUCAGCGUCUCCCGGUCUGCGUGCGCUGUGGGCUCCGAGGAUGGCUACCUGCGCCUCUGGCCGCUGGACUUCUCCUCCGUCCUCCUGGAGGCAGAGCACGAGGGGCCUGUCUCCUCCGUCCGCGUCAGUCCCGGCGGCCUGCGUGUGCUGUCCACCACGUCCUCGGGUCACCUAGGCUUCCUGGACGUCCCGUCCCAGGAGUACCGCCUGCUGGUGCGCUCCCACACUGCCCCGGUGCUGGCCCUUGCCACCGAGCGCAGCCGGGGACAGCUGGCCACCGUGUCCCAGGACCGCACCGUGCGCGUCUGGGACCUGGCGACCCUGCAGCAGCUGUAUGACUUCACGUCGCCCGAGGAGGCUCCGCGUGCUGUCACCUUCCACCCCACUCAACCGACCUUCUUCUGCGGCUUCAGCAGCGGGGCUGUCCGCUCCUUCAGCCUGGAGGCCGCUGAGGUCCUGGUGGAACACAGGUGUCACCGAGGAGCCAUCACUGGCCUGGCCGCCAGCCCCGACGGUCGCUUCCUGUUCAGCGCCUGCUCCCGGGGCGCCCUGGCCCAGUACCACAGCGGUGCGCCCCGGUGCCGCGUCCUACGAGUGGCAGCUAAUGUGGUGUGCCAGGAGGCCUGCCCAAGCUCCAGCAUCCUGGCAGUCAGUGAGGACAGCCGCCUUCUGGCUUUCGUGGGUCCCUCCAAGUACACGGUGAGCGUCGUGGACACAGCCUCGCUGGAUGAGCUUCUGAGGGUGAAUGUCAAUGCCCUGGACCUGGCUGGCAGCUGCCUGGACUCAGCUGUGGCCCUCUGCUUUGGCCCUUCACCCCCCAGCCACCUGCUGGUGUCCACGUCCUCCAACAUGAUCGCCGUACUGGACGCCAGAUCGGGCCACGUGGUCCGGGAGCUGUCCUGUGGCCACGCCGCGGCCUGCGCCUCCCUGGCCCUCAGCGCGGAUGGCCGCUUUCUGCUCACAGCCGCCGAGCGGGCUGUCAGGCUGUGGGACUGCGCAACGCAGGCUGGCCUCAGCUGCCAGGUGUACAUUGGCCACUCGGAGCCGGUGCGGGCUGUGGCCUUCACCCCCGACCAGCAGCAGCUCCUCAGUGUGGGAGACGCCAUCUUCCUCUGGGACAUUCUGGUUCCCCGUGAGGGGUGGUCCCCAGGCAGUGUCCAGGGUGCUCCCGGGCCCCCCCCGACCUGCGAAGCAGGCCCAGGUGCAGGAGAGCUGGAGGGCGUGGCGGCCGGGGCCAGAGGGGCCCCCCGGCAGGUGUCCGAAUCACCUCCAGUGCUCCCACCCCAGCCGAGCCUCUGUGCUGGGCCCCCUGAGGACUUUGACGGUAGGGAGGGGGUCCUGGGAGGGGGAGGCUCCCCGCUACGUGCUCUGCUGCUCCUGGCCUGGGGGCGGGCUGGGGACUCCGAGCACCUGCUCCCCACCCCUGCUAUCUCCCCAACCUCCCCAGGUGCCCUCUUCCCAUCAGACAGGAGCCGUGGCCUCGAGGAUCUCCAUCAGGCCUCAGGCCCAUCCGUGCUGGUACAGAAGGAGGCUGGCCGGGCUGGCGAUGGGGCCUGUGGGGUGACAGGAGGUCCCUGGGACCUCGGCAGACGUCCCCACCCCUGUGGCUGGCCCAGCGCCUGCAGCACAGUGGGAGCCAGGGCCCGGCCCCCCGCUCGCCCGAACUCCUACAGGCACUUCACCGCGCGCUACAAGGCCUCCUCACGGGCCCAGGGCUUCUCCCUGCCGCCUGCUGGCGACGAGUGGCUGCGCCUGAAGGCCGUCGUGGGCUACAACGGGAACGGGCGCACCAACUUGGUCUGGAGCCCGGACACCGGCUUCUUCGCCUACACGUGCGGCUGCCUGGUGGUGGUGGAGGACCUGCACUCGGGCGCCCAGCAGCACUGGCUCGGCCACCCCGAGGAGAUCUCCACGCUGGCUCUCAGCCACGAUGCCCAGGUCCUGGCUUCAGCCUCCGGCCGAAGCAGUGCUGCCUCCCGCUGCCAGAUCCGUCUCUGGGACGUGCCCCGGGGCUCCUGCCGGCAGCUCCUCUCUCACCACGACACCGCAGUCCAGGCACUGGCUUUCUCACUGGACGACAGGCUCCUCAUCACCCUGGGGGACUGUGGCGACGGCACCCUGGCCUUGUGGAGCACGGCCACCUGUGAGCUCCUGUCCUCCACGCGCCUCCCAGAGCCGGUGCACAGCAUGGCCUUCAGCCCCUGGCACACCGGCGAGCUGGCCUGCGUGGGCCAGGGCAUCCUCACCCUGCAGCUGCUGUGGGGGCAGGCGGGCGAUGUCAGCCUCCAGGCCCACCGGGAGCCAGUCCCCGAGGAGCUGGGGGGCUGCGAGCUGAGCUCGCUCUGCUACGGGGCCGCGCCUCUGCUGUACUGCGGCUCCAACGAGGGCCAGGUGUGCGUGUGGGACACGCGUGCCGGCUGCUGCUUCCUGGCCUGGGAGGCGGAUGAUGGCGAGAUCGGAGUGCUGCUGUGCUCAGGCACCUGGCUGGUCAGUGGCAGCAACACGCGGCGGCUGCGCCUGUGGGCUGUGGGGGCCGUGCCGGAGCUGCGGCGCAGGGGCUCAGGGGCCAGCUCUGUGUUUCUGGAGCGCGAGCUGACCCUUGACGGGGCUGUCGUGAGCGCGGUCUUCCACGACAGCAUGGACAUGGGCGUGGUGGGCACCACAGCGGGCACGCUCUGGUACGUCAGCUGGGCCGAGGGCACCAGCACUCGCCUCAUCAGUGGCCACCGGAGCAAGGUGAACGAGGUGGCCUUCAGCCCCGACGAGUCCCACUGCGCCACGUGCAGUGAUGAUGGGAGCGUGAGGGUGUGGUGCGUGGCUAGCACGGAGCUGCUGAUCCAGUUCCAGGUGCUCAGCCAGAGCUGCCUCUGCUUGGCUUGGAGCCCCCAGUCGUGCGGACGCCCAGAAGAGCAGCACGUGGCAGCGGGCUACAGCGACGGGACGCUGCGGGUCUUCAGCAUCCCGCGCUCGGCCGUAGAGCUCAAGAUGUGCCUGCACACGGCUGCACUCACAGCCCUCGCCUUCUCCGCUGACGGUCAGACCAUCGUCUCUGGAGACAAGGACGGGCUCGUGGCCGUGAGCCACCUCCGCACAGGGAUGACCUUCCGGGUGCUAAGUGACCAUCGCGGUGCCCCCAUCUGCACUCUCCAGAGCACGAGGAAGGAGUGUGGAGACUUUGGUGCAGAGGGCACGGACCUAUGGCUGGCCGCCAGCGGGGACCAGCGAGUCAGCGUGUGGGCCUCCGACUGGCUGCGGGACCACUGUGAGCUCGUGGACUGGCUGAGCUUCCCAGCGCCCAGCCUCGCAGAGGUAGUCCUGGCGGCCCCGUGGGCGCAGGGCCCCCGCCCUCCACCCUGCACUGUGCCCCCACAGGUUCCCAGCUGCUUGCCACCCUCGCUCGCCGCCUUCUGUCCCUGGGACCCGGCGCUGCUGGUGUGUGCGGGCCUCGGCGUGUACCCUGAGGUGGCCUUCUACAGCCUCCGCCAGAAGCAGGUGGUGGAGAAGAUCCCACUGCCUUUCUUUGCUGUGUCCAUGAGUCUGUCCCCUGGGGCCCACCUCGUGGCCAUUGGCUUCUCUGAGCGCAUGGUGCGGCUGCUGGACUGCGCGUCGGGGGCUGUGCAGGACUUCGCGGGCCAUGACGACUCUGUGCAGCUGUGCAGGUUCGCCCCGUCAGCCCAGCUGCUCUUCACAGCGGCCCACAGCGAGAUCUUGGUGUGGGAAGUCACAGGCCACUGAGCCCUGCCACUCAGCUGGGCCCCUGGUCUGGGCAGAGGCUUGACCGAGAAGCUGGGUCGGCCCCGGGCCUUGUGCUGGUUCCGUCGGCCCGGUGGGCUCUCCACACCUGCACCUCAGGAGCAUGUGUGAAGCAUCAGGACCCUGAAUGUGUGUGAAGUACUCGGAGCCCCUCUCCCUUGGGGUUUUGUUUCUGCCUUGUACAGUUCAAAUAAAUGUGCGUG